UCUCGAACCGCGCGACCGCUACGGUCGCAGGCUCGAAUCCUGCCUCGGACAUGGAUGUGUGUGAUGUCCUUAGUUGCAAAUCACAGCCUUCACCGCUGCAAUGACGGGACACGGACACCACUGCCACCACGGUCCACCCCCACCGCCGCAUCACCACUGUCCCCACUGCCCGCAUCACGGCCCACCACCUCACCAUGACGGCCCACCACCUCACCAUCACGGCCCACCACCUCACCACCACCACCAUCACCACGGACCGCCACAUCACCACCAUGGACCACCGCCGCCAUCACCACCACAUCAUGAUCAUCACCAUCACCACCACCACCACGGACCACCACCACCACCACCGCCGCUGCAUCAUCCCCACGGACCACCUCACCACCAUCACUGAGCUUACCCUAACCUUUUCUAGUGGAUACUAAAUGCAAAUUUUCAUUCCUUCUAUCCAUCCUCCCUGAAAUGUAGGUUAUAUUCCAUAAAAAACCUAAUAGUAGGUGCUAAUCACACUGUAGAAAAAUGUAUCUGACAAUUCUGUGUAAGAUUAUGUAAUUACUGGAUCUUAAGGAAAAGCAUAAAGGGAACUUUUUGUAAUACUAUUUCAUUUCUAAAAAUAUUGUGUCAGCAUAAUUAAAAAAGUGCUAAAACAAACAAUCACCCAAAGUUUGCUGUACAACCAAUGCAGAUAACAACUAAUGUUUUCAAUAUGUAAUUUGUAAAUAAACUGCUCUUCACAGUGGUUCACAAAUAUCACUUGCAUAUACUAAGUGUUUAUAAUCAUCAAGAUUCUUACUGAAAUAUGAUCCUUGUGCAUUUGUACCAAUUAAAUUUGUACAUACCAGCUUAACAUAAAAGAUUGCUACAGUGUGUAUAGCACACAAGUCAUAUUACCUCCUGCAAUCACCAACAAUGAAAAUGUCAAGUUUUUGGUAAAGUAAUUGAGAUCAUCUUCCAGCUUAUAUAAUACUGUACAUGGUAUAUGAUGGUGUACAAUCAAUGAUAAUAUCUUGUAUGUGACUACAUGCCACAAUGAGUUAAAUGAAUAAUGAAAA